CAACCUGGCAGUGGCUCCUCCAACCUCUAUUAAUACAGGUUUUGGCUUCGGAGAUGUGCUCAAGAAACAAGUCAUGGGUGGAGCGACGACUUUACUCCCGAUCGUUAGCAAGACAUUUUGCUCCAAUUCACAGACGGUGCUAAUGAUAAGGAAGAGGCCUCGCAACAUCAAUGGAGGAGGCUUUGUGGUGAUGAACACUAACCAGCACAUCGUUUUCGCGGUGGACGGUUGCGGUGUUCUUGGCGUCAGCGGUGAGUGCGUGAUCAGGGAUGGCGAUGGCAACUCAUUGCUUGUCAUUCGUAGGAAGGGAGGUGUUCUGCAAGCGCUUAGCUUCAACGAUCAGUGGAGAGGCUACCUGAUGGACUAUGAACUGCCGAGCAAGCUGGUUUUCAGCCUCCAAGAACAAAAAUCAAGGAUCAUGAUGAAUUCUACCACACGAAUCUACAUCGAACCGAAGAAGAACAGGAGUUGGGAUUUUGAGGUACGAGGAUCUUUCCUCGAACGAGCUUGUAUCAUCAGAGAUCGACGAGGAAAUGUUGUGGCUGAGGUAGGGAAGAAGGAGAUGAUGGCAAGCAAGGAGUUCUACUUUGUGGUGGUGCAACCAAGCUACGACCAGGCCUUCGUCGUUGCAGUGAUUGCCAUUCUGGACUACAUCAAUGGGGAAUCCACUAGGUGCUGAUGAUGGACAGAGGAGAACGUGUUGGUGCCAUAUGUAUAUGAUCCAAAUUGCUAUUGUUUCCUUGUACAUGCAUGCAUGGUUGGCAGGGUGGUGUUCACGUAAAAGAUUCAUAUCAUUGAAGUAAACAAAGCUAUGGUGUACAUACACCUGUUUGAAUU